UUGUCACCCGUGAAGCGAAAAGUGUAUAAACUAGUGGCGCGGGGAGUCAUGGGAUAGUUUAUAUUUGACCACGUGCACACCAACACAUGGGUCAAAGCAAUCAUGCCGCGAGCAUUAAGUGACGAUUUACGGAUGAGAAGCGUACUGCUAUAUGGCUUAAACCACAGUAAAGGUGACAUUGCUGUUCGCCUUGGCAUGUCUUCAAGGUCCGUGUUACGCUUCGCCCGACGAUAUUACGAGAGACGAGAUGUUUGUGCUGACAAACCAGGAAGACCUGCUGGUUCGUAUUCGCUAUCGCAACAAGAACAAGCCGUUUUGAUGCAAGAAUUGUUAGGACACCCAGAAAAAACUCUAUCUGAGCUCUGUAGACACGUUGAAGGAGUAUGUGGUGCCAGGCUUCCUGUUUCUACUUUACACGACUAUUUCAGAAGAAAUGGCAUCACACGUAAAAUGCUCAAAAGAAUUCCUUAUCAAAGAUGCGAAGAAGAUCGAAUAAACUAUUGGUCUGUGGUAUCACAAUUCAAUCCUGCGAUGUUUGUGUUCCUUGACGAGUGUGGAUUUGAUAAACGAAUUUCGAGACGCUUUGGAUACAGUUUUCGAGGCUAUCGAGCUCAAACACAAAGAUGGUAUGGCAAUUGGGGUCCCAGGAUUACUGCUAUCCCUGUCAUCUGCACGGAAGGAAUAAUAGACUUGAGUAUCCGCCGCGGGAAUACCAAUGAAGAGAAAUUUCUUGAAUUUGUGAAUGAAAACCUUAUUCCUAAUCUACAGCCGUUUGAUGGGAUUAAUCCUCUCUCUGUGGUCGUAAUGGGUGAGCACUCACGUCACAUCAGAUUUUGUUAGUAUUUUAUUGCAACACACUAAAUUA